ACACUGUGUGAAAUACAGUUUCAAUGUUGUGCUCCACGUGGACUGAAAAUUGUUUGCGCUGUUGGUUUCCUAUCGGUAACAUUUGAGCGCUACACUCAUUGGGAAAACUCAUUUGGAAAAGGCUGUAUGCUGCAGUUUAGUUAAAAAGCCACUGCUCACCCUUGUGCCACAACUAACAGUAAGAAUAGUUUCCAUCAAGGUGCAAGGCUCCCGUGAUGCCUAAGCUCCAAGGGUUGGAGUUCUGGAGAACGACGCUGCGAGAGGCACGGUAUGUCGUGGCCCCCAUGGUGGACCAGAGUGAGCUGGCCUGGCGGCUGCUGAGCCGCCGCCACGGAGCACAGCUGUGCUACACUCCUAUGCUGCAUGCCCAGGUGUUUGUCCGCGAUGCCAACUACAGGAGGGAUAACUUUUAUUCCGAGGUCUGCGCUGAGGACCGACCGCUCAUCACACAGUUCUGUGCCAACGACCCGGAGGUCUUCCUGAAGGCGGCCCUGCUGGUCCAGGAGCACUGCGACGCCAUCGACCUUAACCUGGGCUGCCCUCAGAUGAUCGCUAAGAGAGGGCACUACGGGGCGUUCCUCCAAGACGAAUGGGACCUGCUGGAGAAGAUGGUGAAGCUGGCCCAUGAAAAGCUGUCUGUGCCGAUCACCUGCAAGAUCCGCGUGUUCCAGGACGUAGAGAGGACCGUGGGCUACGCACAGAUGCUUGAGAAGGCAGGCUGUCAGUUGCUGACGGUACACGGCCGCACCAAAGACCAGAGGGGCCCUCUGACGGGGAUAGCCGACUGGGAACACAUCAAGGCCGUACGGAAGGCCGUGAACAUCCCUGUGUUUGCUAAUGGUAACAUACAGCAUCUGAGCGACGUGGAGCGAUGCAUCGAGGAGACGGGGGUCCACGGCGUCAUGAGCGCAGAGGGGAACCUCCACAACCCGGCGCUGUUCGAGGGGAGCAGCCCCCCCGUGUGGGAGAUGGCGGAGGAGUACCUGGAGGUGGUGAAGCAGCAUCCCCCCAGCACCCAGUCCUUCGUGCGCGCCCACCUCUUCAAGCUGUGGCACCACACACUACAGAUCCACCAGGACCUCCGGGAGGAGCUGGGCAAGGUGAAGAGCAUCGAGGGGAUGGCGGAGGUCAGCCGACAGCUGCGACUGCGUUGCCAGGAGGAGAUCGCCAGAGAGAAGGAGGGGGUCGCGGUGAGGCCACAGGGGGACCUCCCCUUCCCUCACUGGAGGUGCCAGCCAUACAUCAGACCACCGCCUAAAGAGUUGGACCCAAACGGUAAGAGCGAGUGCUCAGAGGUGAGGAUCACGAGUCAGAAGAGGGCGCUGGAGGACUCUGACGGGACCCCUGACGUCCUGUCCAAAAACAAGCAGAAGAAGCAGGCCCGCAACCCCUACAAGAACUGGGACCCUGAGAGCAGGCCAAAGUACUUGAUGUGUGACCAGUGUGGCCACCCAAAGGGAAAGAAGUGCGUGUUCGACAUGUGUCGCGCGUGCUGCAAGAAGAAGGCCUACAGGGACGUGGCCGACUGCUCAGGCCACGAUAUCCGGUUCAAGACCAAAGCAGACCGACGGAAAGCAGAGGAGGAGGAGAGGGAGGAGAGGGAGGGCGGCCCGCAGGGGACCGACCCCCACGGCGGCCCCCAGGGGACGGACCCCCACGGCGGCCCCCAGGAGACUGACCCCCACGGCGGCCCCCAGGUCCUCCCAGAGACACAGACCACAGAGCGGGGCCACACGCCUCCAUGAGGACCCGCAUUCCCGUUCAUAUUCACGACCUCACAUUAUCAUCUCCCGCAUUAUGGCUAUAAAACUGUUACACGUCUUUGGUCUGCGGACGUCUUUUAUUUUCGUUUUGUUCGUUCAUUAAAAAUGAAGUCAAAUCCAGCAUUCCCAGUCGUGCUCUCUGAACAUGGCGUUCAGGAGCUUAAAUGUAUCUCCCAACGUUAGACCACCUGAUGCCUUCCUGUGUGUUAACAUUAGGAUGUGUAGGCCAGUCCAGGGUCCAGUGAGUUUAGUUUAACGGCCACUGGAUGGAGUGAAGGGCGUUGACCGCAGAUCUAAAACCAAUAAACGGUAUCCUACCACGCCGUGGUUUCACCUCAGGUGUGUCAAAGCAGAGUGGGUCCCUGUACAAAUGGCACCAACCUGUGAGCCUGGUGAACUGAUUCUGGGAAUUCUGGACUUGAUGUGGGCUGUGCCCAGUGGCUGAGUGUUUCAUGAUGGUGGGCGAAGGCUGCAGACUAGUGACUACCAGGUCGCAUCCAUCAACAAAGUUACAAGUAGGACGGUUGAUAAAUCAACUUACUACACGUCAACACGCAACACUUCAAUGUCAAUGCUUUUUCUAACACUAGUUUGUAAACACGCCUCUGACAGCUGCUGCCUCUGAUCUGGGCCGAUGCUGACCGGCUUAUGGCCGCUGAACAGCACACAUUCUGUAACGCCAUGGAUCUCACAAUGAGCCCACUCAACCAAAUGGUCAACCAUCACUAAACCCCACUUGAUUUAUUUGAUCCUUUUCCACUAAGGUUGAAAUAUUGUGUGUUUGACCCUGGUUUGGGGUAACCAAACCGGGGAUUAAGAACAGCGAGUCUGGUAAACGUUUUGCGACAUUUAUUUUAAAAGCUCAUUCUGUUGAGGUCUCGAACGGUGAUGCGUAUUGUUAGGUCACAACUAAAGUGCAUCUCUUAACAUACAACAGCAGCAGCUGCUCUGCUGCCAGCCACCUGCCAAACAACAUUCUUUUAACAAUGAUGCAUAAUAAGUUCAUGAUAAACCGAUGCAACUAUAUUAUCGGACGAAUUUAUGGUCCUUUCGUUAUGCAUUAGCUCCAAUACCGGGAAAGUAACAUUUUGGGCAUCGACCAUGGCAGCGUCCGAAUUAGAGAGGGCGGGACUCUUGUUGAAUUUAGACAAAGUCUUCCGUCUUCGGGACCUCUUCACAUGUUUGUGCUCAUCCGGGUUUGGCUGUUGGCGGGCGUGAGCUCCCCCUGGCUGCCCUCCCGCGGUGGGGACUGAAAACACACGUGUGUACAUUUUCACAUUCGUUACGCAUCCGUUAUGCUUUCUUUAAUUCUUUGGGGUAAAAGUACAAAAUUAUAAUUGGAUGUAAUACAAUUUCGCAUGGAGGUG